CCAAGUCUCGUGUCUGUCUCUGCUCUUUCAUUUCCUUCUCUGGUUUUACCGAACCACCAGCGAUGGUCCAAACAAGUGAAUUUCCCAUAAACCCCCCAAUGCCACCCGCCGGCCCGAUCCAAUCUCAACCUCCACCGCCAGGCCAACCCCAACCUCAACCGCAAACGGACCUUUUCCGCACCGCCAAGCGCCGUCGCGAGGAAGAAGACCACGCGGCGGCAGGGGAUGCCGGAGAAUCGGCUCCGAAACGGCAGGCGAAAUCCCAGGACGUCAUUUUCCGUAUCGUGGUCCCCUCAAGGCAGAUCGGUAAAGUCAUCGGCAAAGCAGGCCAUAGAAUCCAGAAGAUUCGUGAAGACACCAAAGCCACCAUCAAGAUUGCCGAUGCUAUCGUCCGACAUGAAGAACGUGUCAUCAUCAUAAGCUCUAAAGACAACGAGAACAUGAUUUCAGAUGCGGAAAAUGCACUUCAGCAAAUAGCUACCUUAAUCCUAAAGGAAGAUGAUAGUGGUACGGAGGCAGCAAAGGUAGGAGCUGUCAGUGCGGGACAUGUGGCUGCAAAUACGAUAAGGCUUUUGAUUGCCGGGUCACAAGCGGGCUGCCUAAUUGGGAUGUCUGGUCAAAACAUUGAGAAAUUGAGGAGUUCCUCCGGAGCCUCAGUCACGAUUCUUGCUCCAAACCAGCUGCCUUUGUGUGCAUCUGCUCAUGAAUCUGAUCGAGUUGUUCAGAUAUCUGGUGAUGUUCCAGCAGUAUUGAAGGCUCUGGCUGAGAUUGGUUAUCAACUCAGGGAAAACCCACCACGGCAAGUGAUUUCUAUUAGUCCGGCAUAUAAUUUUAACUUGCUUCGGCCACCUCAGCCUCAGCCAUAUGUGGACCCAACUUCAGCUGAUUAUGUAACUUUCGAGAUGGUGGUUUCGGAGACAUUUAUUGGUGGAUUGAUCGGCAGAUGUGGCUCCAAUAUUUCAAGGAUCAGAAUUGAGUCUGGAGCAACUAUAAAGGUUUAUGGUGGGAAAGGAGAACAAAAAGUGAGGCAUAUUCAGUUCAGCGGUAGUUCUCAGCAAGUUGCUUUAGCAAAGCAGAGGGUUGACGAAUGCAUAUAUUCUCAGAUGAUACAACAAGCUGGUACUCAACAACCAGGUUUGCAGAUGUGAUGAAGCUGCAGGGAAAAUUAUCAUUUUGAUCAUUAACAGUUCCAGGGCCACUGUUGUCUCAGUGUUGCACCUUCAGCGCUGUAGCUAAAGAUUGCAAGUCAUUAUGUUUGGUGGCUUUUUUCUCCUUGGAAUGACUAGUAAUAUGCCAGAUUGUAGUUUGUUGUUUUCACAUAUAGAGUAGGCUUGUAUUCUACUAAUGAAUGAAGCUAGAAGCGGUGGUUGAAGAUUAAUUAAAACUACUGAAUUGACAAACAUGAUUAAACUGUAAAUCUGAAUUGUUUAUCGAUACUGAUUUGGUGUA